AUGAGCGAAGACACUUUCGGAUUCAACAUCAAUAUGGAAGAAGAUAUUACUGGGCCGGGCACCGUAAAUUCUAUGGUUGGUCUGGAUGGUUCACCGCAAAAUAUCACGCCUCAGGGUGUGGGACACGGCGUGGAGCCCUCCACAAUAUCACCAGAACAGCAUUCCGAUGGCUCGCUCAGCAUCUGGCCCAGCGCUUUCAAAAUGGCGUCCCAGACAAUCAAGAACACGCGCAACAACCGGAGAAAGUGGAUAUGGCUUGCUCCGUGGUCAACGUGGUCGUUCACCAUGCGCCUCAUGCUUAUCCUGGGCGAAAAGUUGAAGCCCUCAGCACCACCGAUCCCCAAGCAGAUGCUUGUUGAUGAUAUCUACGACAUACCACUUAAGUCAUUCUCACCUAGUCACUUCCCAGAUACACGAUACUUGCCUUCCCUGGAUCAUGCACUCUAUCUCUUCAACACGGUCAAGUUUCAUCUCGGUCAGACUUACCGUUUCUUUGACGACGCCGAGUUUGAAAGCCAAAUACGCGAGUUCUACUCUGGACAUGUUGCGCAAAAGGCAGCCGAGUCCAGGCUUUGGUUUGCGAAGUUUCUUCUUGUUCUGGCAUUCGGGACUGCCUUCCACGCUCGUCCGGGACACGCAGAAAGCAAAGACCCGCCGGGAGGCAAGUUCUUCAUGCAAGCCAUGUCCAUCCUUCCGGAUAAUCUACAGCUUUGGAGAGAUAGUCUGAUGGCAACUGAGGUCCUGGCCAUGAUUGGUCUGUAUCUCUUUUCCAUUGAUGAAAGGGAAUCAGCGCAUGUUUAUCUUGGGCAGGCGAUACACAUCGCUGAAAUGGAAGGUUUGCACACUCAACUGCCGGAAGACGAGAUUGGUGUUGAUACAGUCGCGUGGUGUCGGGAUCUCUGGUGGACGCUCUACAUCAUGGAUCGUCAUUUCUCUGCUUCAGUGGGACUUCCCAUGUCUGUUCAUGAUAGUGAAAUCACAACAACAAUUCAUCCCCCCGACCUCUGUUCCCCCACGGAUAGUAUUCGGAGUUUGCAAGUUAAGCUCUCUCACUUACUGUCUAUGAUUCUCCGAACUGUGUACAAACCAACACAAACCUCACUGGCAACGUACAUUGAACAAACGAGGGCUACUCUGCAUACUCUUGCCCAGUACGCUCAAGAACUUGAGAAUAUUCUCAGCAUCAAAUUUCAAACGUCUGUGGACACGAUGCCGAAAGGCAUGAGGCAUAUCACACUAUUGUAUCACCAGUGUGUCAUCGUUGCUACGAGACCUCUCCUUCUCUCAAUUCUCAAAGAAAGACUAGAUAUGCUGGGUCGAGACGUAGAUGUGAACUGGGAAAGCGUCUUGAGUCACACCUCUGGCAUCAUCUCUUCAGGUAUCAAGUCUGCCACGAAAACUCUGCAAAUACUGUCUAGUGAAUACAGCCUUCUCGAGGUAUUUCUGCCGUACGAUCUCGAGUUCACCUAUGGCGCGGCCUUACACCUCGCUAUGGCGAACGCCAUUUUCCCGGAUGUCGUGGACGAUCCCACGAGCAGCCAGACAGCGCAUGGCGUCCUUUCCGAAAUGGUCCUGCGUGGAAACCGAGUUGCAGGAGUAAGACAGGCGGAACUUGCGCACGUAGAGCUGCUCUUCAGACAAAUCAGUGAGCAAAUACCGCAGCAUGGCCAGCAAGUACUUCGGCUUCCAAGUGCGGACGCCAAUGCCGCAGCCAUAAUUACAGGGGCGGUGGACCUUUUCCCCCUCAUGCCGCCAUCGGAAUCUGGCAACGCCGACUUCCUGGACCUUCUCGACAGUGUUGGAAUUUCAUCGGAAGAGUUCUUCUCGAUCACCGAGGAGUACAGCUGGAACCCUCUCGCUCUCGCCUUCUUGAGUACCAGCUACCUUUUCUUCUACUGGAUGUGGGACAGUGCCAACGGCCAGAAAAACGCGUUUCGCCACCAGGAGAAGGGGCAACUCGUCAAACUCAAAACCUUUCCUCAAGUCCCCUGGCAGGCUGUCGAGAACCCCAAGGUGAUUGAGACUGAUGUCGGCGACCGCAUUAUGGUGGAUGGCUGGUUCGCAAUCAUCCGGAAGCCGAAUUACGUUCCCGACAUGUUCUUUUCUUUCUCCUGGGGCCUCAUUACCGGAUUUAAGAGCCCGUUCCCUUGGUUUUACUUCAUCUUCUUCAUGGUGAUGAUCAUCCACCGAACCAGGCGCGAUGUCGGAAGGUGCCGAAGGAAGUAUGGGAAGGCCUGGAAGGAAUACGAAAGACAGGUUCCGUAUCUUUUCAUUCCCGUAAGUACAAGACAGAAUCCCAAGCUUCAUUCCGGCAUUGGCCUGACCACUUUACAGUACGUCAUCUAG